UAUAAAAGGUGCACUCUACACCCCAGAGUAUCCCCAUCAUUCAAACUACUACUCAAGCACCUUCAUAACUUGACAACUUCUCAAUUACUGAUAAAAUGAGUCUCGACACUACUAAGUUCAUGGGCGCCGGUAUCGUCUACAUCCGUAACGAAUCAGGCGACAACAUGCAAACCUUCGUCUCCAAACUAAGCCACAACACUGGUAACGAUAGUUGGUUUGUCGUCUCUGCGUCCUUUGAAGAUGAUGCCCACGCCAAAUGGGACCGUUCGAACCACGGCUGGGAGGUGAUCGCCUUCAAGGACGACAACAACAAACGUGUCGGGUUCUAUGUCGACCUUAGGAAUGUGACGACCUAUGUGACGUUCCGGUCGUUCUCCAACGUCGAGAUCAAGCAGGCCACAAAGGCCUAAAAACGGGAGUUCGUGCGAAUAGCAUCUCUCAGACAACUCGGAAAUCAAACGGUAUCGGAUUAUUCGCUAUAUCAGGACACCCUCACUCCUCGCCUUGACUGUUAUCGACAUGCCCUUCCUACCCCGACACGACGGUAUAACUCGGAUUUGACUGCAGAUCUGGAGUUGAAGACUUCGGAGAGUCCACGAUCGCGAGGUUCAAGUAGCGAAUGCUGGAAGCCAUAUUAUAGCGUAGUAAGUGCGAACUUGUAGUUCAAAAUCUGAGAUAUAUCUAUGGUACUAGAGAAGGACAAUUAAACUGAAACUUGGUCACGUUAA